AUGGCCACCACUGCUGGGUCCUCGAGGGACACGGGGACGAGCCCUGACCUGGAGAGCAGCCUAGGCACUUGGGGACAAGCGAGCACACCCGCGACGCCGAUCAGCCCCACCAUCCCUGCCACCCCAAAGCAGGUCCUGGAAGAGGAGGACAUCAGGAGCAUCAUCGGGCGCUGCAAGGACACGCUGUCCACCAUCUCGGGGCCCACCACCCAGAACACCUACGGGCGCAACGAGGGGGCCUGGAUGAAGGACCCUCUGGCCCGGGAGGAGAGGAUCUACGUCACUAACUACUACUACGGGAACACACUGGUGGAGUUCAGGAACCUGGACAACUUCAAGCAAGGGCGCUGGAGCAACUCCUACAAGCUCCCGUACAGCUGGAUUGGGACAGGGCAUGUUGUCUACAACGGCUCCUUCUACUACAACCGGGCCUUCACACGCAACAUCAUCAAAUACGACCUGAAGCAGCGGUAUGUGGCUGCCUGGGCCAUGCUGCACGACGUGGCCUACGAGGAGUCCACGCCGUGGCGGUGGCGGGGCCACUCAGAUGUGGACUUUGCCGUGGAUGAGAACGGCCUGUGGGUCAUCUACCCGGCCAUCAGCUAUGAGGGUUUCAACCAGGAGGUGAUUGUGCUGAGCAAGCUGAAUGCGGCCGACCUCAGCACCCAGAAGGAGACCACAUGGCGGACGGGGCUGCGGAAGAACUUCUAUGGCAACUGCUUUGUCAUCUGUGGGGUCCUGUACGCAGUCGACAGCUACAACAAGAGGAACGCCAACAUCUCCUACGCCUUUGACACGCACACCAACACACAGAUCAUCCCCCGGCUGCUCUUUGAGAAUGAGUACGCCUACACCACGCAGAUAGACUAUAACCCCAAGGACCGCCUGCUCUACGCCUGGGACAAUGGGCACCAAGUCACCUACCAUGUCAUCUUUGCCUACUGAGACCCCCCGCCAUAGUGGGGCACUGCGAGCCAGGGGCCACCAGCACCUUUUAUUAUUAUUUUUAUUGUUAUUAUUGUUGUUUUGUACAAAUCAAAGAGUAAAUGAUGGGUUUUGUUUCAAGCUGUUUUUAUAUGGUGGAUUGUAGAUCGAUCCCCAGGCCAGAACCACCCCCUUUGUCCUUGCUGUAACCUUGCUUC